AUGAGAUUGAAAAAUUUAAAGUUUUUACUUCAAAAGGACGGUUAUUACAAAAUCCAGUUGAAAUUGGAUAAUUUGUAGGGGCAGUGUAAGUAUAUGAAUAUUAAAAAGAUCCUAUCUUAAAUUAAACAGUCUUAGAUAGCCAUAUACCUUCAAAAUAUAAAUCCAUAGACAUCCAAUCUCCAUUCAUGAAACUGUAAGGCCAGUAACUUUUAGUAGAUAAAUGUGUGCUAUCCAAAUUGAUGUAGCUUGUAAGAGGAGCUGUACAUGUGACAAAAUUUGCAGUAUCUGAUCCUGAUGGCGAUAAAAAGUAUCCAGAUGACCAUAAUUAAUACCCAGUGUGUUGAGUAAAUUAUUCAUCCUCAUCUAGGAGUUCUAUGGGUGCAAUCCAUUAUGAUUUCGAAAAAUCAAACAAAGCAACAAGGAGAUAAAUGA